AAAAAGGGGGCUGUUGUAAGCAGAUUUAUUUUCCUGGCAGACAAACGGUUCACAAGAAAAAUAAAAACAUAAAAGGGUGAGGUAGAAAAGAAAGUGAGUGAGGGCUGUGGUCGGCUAACACAGGAGCAUCAUAAUCACAUGGUGUGGAUUUCCGCUUUGGCACAUUUACUUUAAGCUGCACAGCAGGGGCAGGGACACACACCACAUAUACAACACAUUCAGAGUUACUGGACUGUACUAGCUGGACCAGAGCUACACUAUGGUGCUGUGAAGAGAGAGAGAGCUCCACUCAACCAUGCAAUCCACCACGAACUUCAAUGGGCUCCUGCGACAGGGCAGCCAGGACAGUUACAUUAUGGAGGGCUCUCUGAGGAAGAAGGGUCGUCUAUGGUAUCGGCGCUCUCUGAAGGGACACCAUGACAAACCCAGUCAGAAUGGGGGGACUAGUCCCGGGACUCUGCCAAGAGGCUGGAAACAGGUAAGCGAGAAACCUUGGAGAGAAACAGGAAAGAGUUACGUUUUACUGUAUAUCAAUUGUCAUGUAAUCUAUAAGUAUUCUUAGAGGUCAUUGAUAGUAGAGAUGACAAAACUGUUUCAGCGUGGCAUCAGAGAGGUACACAUUAACAUGUACUGUACAACCACAACAAAACAGACAACUUGGUACACAUUAACAUGUACUGUACAACCACAACAAAACAGACAACUUGGUACACAUUAACAUGUACUGUACAACCACAACAAAACAGACAACUUGGUACACAUUAACAUGUACUGUACAACCACAACAAAACAGACAACUUGGUACACAUUAACAUGUACUGUACAACCACAACAAAACAGACAACUUGGUACACAUUAACAUGUACUGUACAACCACAACAAAACAGACAACUUGGUACACAUUAACAUGUACUGUACAACCACAACAAAACAGACAACUUGCAAAGACAAAAAGCCUUUUGACAAAUUGUAAUCUUUUGGUUUACGUUGGAGACAAACUAGUUCACUAGCAGGAAAAAUACCUGGAAACUUAGUGUGUUGUGUUGUAAUUUAUAUGUUUACGAUGAAAAUUACCAAGAAUGUAAAGAGACUGGUGUCCAUCUCGUAUAUUUUACAUGGAAUUAAAUAAAUAUUUGCUGAACUGUGACCAGGUUGAGAUUCCAAGAAUAGCUAUUUUCACUGUUGUAUUUAAAAAAUAUAUACUAUACAAAUAUAUUAAAUAUACAUUUUACUUUCCAGUCCAACAGAACCCGCUCAAACUCCUUGGUGGAUUACUCUGACCCUCAGAGGUAAAUACAGCCCUCUGUCAUUCGGAAUAACAUUUACACUGUUAACACUAUGAUACAUACACAAUUGUUCUUAAUGACCCAAGUUAUGACCAGUCUGUAACCACAUUUCUCCUGAACAUAUAGGACUACUGUUAUAAUGCAAAAGCAAGACAAUGAGACGUUUGGAUUUGAAAUUCAGGUACGACAUUUAAUCCGUUUUCAAAUUAAAUUCUGUUUAGAAUUUAUUUUAAAAAAUACAUUCUCAAAAACAUGCUUUAACUGCGCUGUCAGUCCUGCCCAGUGACAGUGUGACCUCCUGUUGUAGACAUAUGGUGUGCAGCUGAAGAACAGCACGGCGGUGGAGAUGUGCACAUUUGUGUACAAGGUGCAGGACGACAGCUCGGCUGAGAGUGCAGGCCUGACCGCCGGUGAGACACCCACUCACUUCCUCUCCCUAUGGCCCAGACUCAGCUUCAACGCUGUGCAGUAUGGUUUUCCCACAGAGAGAUUUCCUCGUUACACUCAUUACAAUACAUCUAACUUUCACAUAUAGAAAGGCCAACAAGUCAAGGUCUAACUUCUCACAUUCUCUGUCUCUCUCUAGCUCUCCCACAAACACGAUUUUAUCUCGGCACAUUUAUUGUGGUCGACGUUUUCGUACAAUACUUUUUAGAGAAAUUAUAAUUCUACAAUGCUGAUUUUGGGUCAGUCAAACUCCCAGCACCACAGAUGAGAAUAAGCUUGGUUGUGUGCGUGUUAACCCUUUGAACAUAUCUCCCACACUCUCUCAUUCUCUCUCAUUCUCUUUCUCUCUAUCUUCCUCUCGCUGUUGUUGUGCAUGUAGGUGACGUUAUCGUCACCAUCAAUGGGGUCAGCAUUGAGGGCACGAGCCACCAGCACAUCGUUGACCUGAUUCGAGAAUCCACCAACUUAUUACAGUGAGUAAAACCAGCGAUGACACCCAAAACCAAAGGGUUACUGUCUAACUCUGAAGAAUGUGAGAAAAACAUUGAACAUAGAAGCAUUUUUAUAAAACCUUGAUAUUGGUUUCAACCUUGGUAUAGUAUACUGAAUCGCUCCCUCUAGGAAACAUAAAGCUGUUCUAUUCUAUAGAAGUGUCAGUAUUAUCUGUAGGAUGUGUAUGUCUGCUUGUGCUCAUCUUGUCUCUGUGUAAUCUCAGGAUGGAGACGGUGUGUGGGACGGUGGUGAAGAGAAUUGAACUGGAGAAGAAGAUGAGCUUGCUCAAGGUGUGUCUCUCUUACAGGGCGGAUGUUUGGCUUCAAUAACACAUCAUAGUUGAAUAGACCUUACAGUGGGAAAUAUGGGUGGUAUGCACUGUGCAGUACCACAUAACCCCACCCAAACAAAGGAGUACACAUGACAAAACUAUAGACCGGUUCUAUAUAGCUAUUUAUAAACUGGGUGGUUCAAGUCCUAAAGACUGAUUGGCUGAAAGCCAUGGUAUAUCAGACCGUAUACCACGGGUAUGACAAAACAUUACUUUUUACUGUUCUAAUUACGUUGGUAACCAGUUUAUAAUAGCAAUAAGGCACCUCGGGGGUUUGUGGUAUAUGGCCAAUAUACUGUACCACACGGCUAAGGGCUGGAUCCAGGCACUACACAAUUCCAUGCACUAAUCCUACUGUAGAUGAAUUGGGUCACAGGGAAACACACCAUUAUAAAGGUUAAGUUAAGUACUGCAUAGCUGACCUCAAUCAUGUCUAAUGUAUAGCUGAGUCAAUCAUGUUUAAUUGUUAUAUCAUUCUGUUUUUUGUCCACACAGCAUACCCUGGGAGAGAAAUGGGGGGAGUUACAAGCGCUCACAUUACAGGAAAAACGCCUUACGCGAGGUGAGGCGUUUUGCCCAGCUGUGAAACCACAGAACUUCCUGUCUCAUUAGUUGAUGUGAAAAUGACAAGUAAACGCUGAGGUGCAUUAACGAGCUCCGUUUACAGUCAUUGUGACGCAUUAACUGAGAAGUAAUUGAUCUACAAAUGUCCUGUCAAUCAACCACAUCCUUUACAGUGCACAUUAAUACUGUGGUUGGAGAAGUCAACUAACUGCCCUUCCCUUGUCUCCAGGUAACCUGAAUGACAGUUCUCUACACCCCUCUAUGGACUCCCUGAUGUCUCUAUUGUCUCCGUCUGGACACAGUGACCACUACGGCCACCGUUUCUCCAGUGACAGUAGCUGCCGGAGUGGGAUGAUGGAUGACAGUGACCUGGCCAGUGUGUUUGGGGACCUGAGCUCUCCCAGCCCCUGCAAUGUGGCCAGUCCAGAUGAUAGCUGCUUCUUCUCCACAGACUUCCCCCAGGAAAUGCCCAGGGCCCCAGCCAGCCUCAGCCUCAACCGUACCCGCAGCGGUAGCGGUAGCUUGGCUGGCAGCAGUGGCUCCCUCUCCUCCCCCUCCCCUUCUUGGGACCCCUCCAGAGCCUCCUCCCUGUUCGGGACACUCCCCAGGAAGGCUAGGAGAGCCAGCUUCCGCAAACACAUCCUGAAGUUCAUCCCUGGAUUCAACCACUCAGUGGAGGAGGAGGACACCUGACCUGAGUUAUGAACGAACACUACAGUACAUCUGUGUCUGAUGUGAUGUUCGAUACAAACAUUUCCUGCUGAGACUGAGGCAUUGCUAAUAUGGCCACCGUACCCUUGGCUCAGGAUUAGCCAAUCAAUGAGCAUUAUUGGGAUGAGAAGCAUUAGGAGGAAAAGAGAAAUCUCCCUUUGACAAAGGCCUUCAGUUAUCUCUAGAUACUGUAUACAUGAUGGAGUGCUUUUGUUACUGCUGCACAAUAUUCUGCUGAUUUUUUCUUGACAAUAGUCAUAAUGAGACAACAGCAUUAAUCCUUAUAACAGUAACAAUUAUUUGUAAUAAAGAACACGGGAACUCAGUCCAUGUGUGUGCAGCCAGUGCAACAAAGAUUGUGCUUGCCAUUUCUAGAAUGUUAAUGUGACCAUUGUAUGUAGGUGAUAACUGAGAGACUGCAUGAAAAGGCAUGAUCUUCCUGAAUUCAACAUAUUGCUUGUAUAUAACUUGAGAAGUGUUAUGCUUUGCAUAUUUGAUGCAUGCAAUGAAAGAAGUUCUCAGCAACAGUCUGUCAGGUUUGUCUCAAAAGAACGAGUUCUAAACCAGGUAGCUAACUGCACAAUUCAAAACAGGAUGUGGGCAGAGAAGGAGCUACAUUCUUGACUAUUUUCAUACCCAUAACCAAGUUUCAGGUUAUCUACAACUUACUUUCAGUAUUGAUAGUUAUACUACAAAUAAGAACUGUGUUUCCUCUAACUCAUGGCAUUUUAACAGAGUGCCAUUGAACUCAAUUGUUUUGAAUUCAUGCUUGAUGUGUGCCAUUUGCUGCUUUUAUUAAGAAUCAAAGAUAUGUUUGAAAUUCCCUGAAGACAAGUGACUGUAAAAUUGUACACAAAUAAACAGUGUAUAGUUGGUUCCUAAACUGUCACUAUUUACAUACUGUCUUC